AUGCUGUACACAUUAGCAGGAGGAGGCACGCUCUGCGGUGUGGCCGCCCUCGUGCUCCUCAUUGUCUCCACAGCAACGGACUUCUGGAUGCAGUACCGCUACUCUGGCAGCUCAGCCAAUCAGGGGCUAUGGAGGUUCUGCAUCAACCACAAAUGCCAUGCCCACACCAUAACUGUAGCCUUCUGGGAUGCGACGCGAGCCUUCAUGCUGCUGGCGGUGCUGAGUUGCUUUGCUGGCGUGGUGCUCGGCCUGAGCGCCUUCACCAACGGCACCAAGAACAGGAGGGUCCGUACCGGCGGCAUCGCUCUCGUCCUCUCAGGUUUCCUGGCUUUGCUGGCUCUGGCCAUUUACACCGGAGUGACGGUCACGUUCUUUGGCAAACGCUUUGUUGACUGGCGCUUUUCCUGGUCCUACAUCAUAGGCUGGGUGGCCAUCAUUUUGGCUUUCGCUGCAGGCGUGUUUCAGCUCUGUGCCUACCAGAGGACCAUGGCAGAACCUGCAUCUCCAAACAUCCCCGACACCUAAACCCAGAGAAACACACUAAUUUACCUGCUACCACAGAGUUCACCACAGC